UCGCCUCGGUUUGGUGCAUACGGUUGUGCAGCAUCUUGGCGCUUUUGGAAUCACAGACAGUUUCCUGUUUAAUAAUUAAUAGCUGCUUUCCGCUUUCGCUUUCUUAUGUUUUGUGAUUUUUUGUCAUUUAUGAUUUAUGUAAAAACUUAUUACUUAUGGUGUACUUGCGAAGUUUUGCGGCUUAUCGUUCAUCAAUCAGCAGUUUGAUUAAGUAACAAUAGUUUGCUGUAUCCUGUGAAACAAAUAUUUGUGGGCUAUGCGCUGGAUGAAUUAGCGCAAGUUUAAUUUUUUCGGUUUGAUAACUUUGAUUGCAAUAUGUAAUUCUAUGUUUCAUGAAUUGGGAUGUAUGGGAGCCAGUCAGUGGAAGAGCACUGUGGAAUCUAGUUAGGAACACCAGGACGUGUCCUGAGUUUAGUUUAACCGUUUAUUGCUGGCAGUUGCUGUUUGUGUACUAUAACAAAUGGCUGCCAGUAAUUACACCCGUCGAAAAAUAGAUCAACGAAGGAGUCUGCAACCAGAGCGCGAGAACUGGGACGAUGACAGUGCUUCGGACCGUGGGAUCAGUUUCGCUGCCAGAGGAUCUCCGUCUCCAGCCUUUCCUCAAUCUGGAUUAAUUCACCGUUUGUUCCCUUUUAUCAUCGAAGAGCGCUCGAAAAAUCGUCACAAACAACGGACAGAAACAUGGGCAUAUGGCAGUGCAUUCAUGGAUCCCGGGCUGCAUGUAUCACCUUAUCCAGCGCAGACUAAUGACAGCAAAUGGGCCGAUAUGUUUUUCGAUAAUUUUGUGCCAAGUAUCAACCAUCAAAAUCACGAACUGCAGGAUGAUUUGUUGUUUUUGGUACGGCGUGCAGUUCCGGAAGAUUCCAAAACUGGAAUACCGCAGGUCUCGGUGGAUGUCAUUCGGAGAGAGAAUAUUGCGAAGCUGCCAGCUCCAAACGAUCGCACAGUAGAAUGGGAAGAGACAGUUUAUCUGAAUUUAAUAUUAAAUCACCUGGAAUAUUUGGUUACGUGUGCUGUAUGUUCCCGAAGUACGCCAAAAGAUUUGCAAAUAAUUAGGCGCCAAACUACGAGGGUUUUUGCUUCUCCCAGUAAGCGACGUAUGGACAGUAAAGGCGAAUCAGAAGAAAUGGCUUACCCAAAUUUAUUCUUUUGUAUCGACAAUUUUGAGGAGAUAUUUUCCGAAAUCGUGGUGCGCGAUGGGGAAAUGGUUUGUGUGGAACUGGUUGCUAAAGAUCCAAUGGGAUCAUCCAUUAAGUCGGUCUUAUUCUUGGGAUCGGUGCGCUAUGAAUUGUUGAAACAAGUCUUUGAUGCCCGAGCUAGCUUGACCAGUAAAAUGGCGGAGCGGAUGUCUUUGUGGAACAUGAACCGGCGAACGGAGUUCGUCCGUAUGAAAGGUCCACAAGGACGCGGCUAUGCCGAAAUGGCCGUCUCGAAGGUACAAGGGUCCAAACCAAGCACUCCUUGCCAUGAUGAGGCCGAUGAGUUUGAUUUCGGAGACGUGGAGGAGCAGCUCCAGAUGAACAGCAGGCGCCAGUCUGACCCGUUUAGACAAAUCGGUGUACCGCUACGUUCAACAAAUCAGCCGAAUUUUCUCCGUAAAUCACAUUCCGAAUCCUUUCGCUCAGAAUUCGAUAGCCGGCUCAGUAAUGAAGUGCAAGCUACCCCGCUUCAAGAUGAAGUGGAAGAAGGGGGUUUUUAUAAUCAGUGGGGUUUUCGUGGAUUGAACCAAGCAUGGCAUUGGUAUAAGGAGCGCCGACGUAAUGGGUCCAUUGCGUUAAACGGACAUUUGACAUAUGUUACAUUGCCGUGGUCAGCCAUAAUAAACGCUGUCCUUGAGGAAAAAAGUCAACCAGUUUUGACCGAUAUUUAGGUGUGCUUGCAGACAUCUUUCGUUUGGACAUUGAUUACUGUGUAUUGGUUGUAUUCGUUGUUAUUUCCAGUUAUCUCUUAUAUUGUGUAUUGUGAUGCAAGUGUUUUGAGCCCGGUGAAUAAGUAACAUUCGUAAAAUAAGUAUUUCGACAUUUCUCGGUUUGGUCUUUGAAUGCUGUUAUUUUCUUAAAACACGUAUUUGCAAGGGCCACUGUCCAUCGGUAACGUUUUUUUGGUGAUUCAGAAGCAGCGUUCGAAGAACGAAAGAUUAAAAAUUUAUCGAUC